AUGGAAGAAGCCUUACUUGGUGAUCUAUGUGCUGACAACGCGCCUCUCCCUCCAUUCUGCAAUCUGUCAUUUUUCAUUUUCGAGGUUGUGUUCAUUUCGACCAGCGAUCCAUUAAAAAGUAAAAGGAAAAUGUCCUCGUUAAAUUCAAGUGAUUUCGAAAACGCGUGUGUCGUAUGUUUCAAAAACGUCGACUUAUAUUCGAUCGGGGUUUGUGAUCAUCCUGUCUGCUUCGAAUGCUCCACUCGAAUGAGGGUCCUCUGCAACCAGCAAGAGUGUCCCAUAUGUAGACAGGUGAUGCCAAAGGUGUUAUUUACUAAGGAAAUCGAAGCGUUUAGUAUAUUGAGACCGAAAGUUGAAAAGUGCAACCUACAGGACAGGAAAUAUGGACUGUUCUUCCAUUCGCCGUCAAUUCAAAGAAGAUACUACCGGCUCCUCGAUCACGAAUGCUUCAUUUGCAAACGUAAUGCGUGUAGUACUUCAUUUAAAACGUUUAACAUGCUCAAGGAUCACAUGAGGCGAUCUCACGAACUUUUUUAUUGCGACCUGUGCGUAGCUAAUUUAAAAAUAUUUACGUUCGAACGUAAAUGCUAUACGAGAGUCGAGCUGGCGACGCAUCGACGGAAAGGAGACGCCGACAACACCUCGCACAGGGGACACCCGCUAUGCGAGUUUUGUGACACUCGGUUUAUGGACAACGACGAGUUGUUUAGGCAUUUGAGACGCGACCAUCUCUACUGUCAUUUCUGUGAUGCGGACGGGAAACAUCAAUAUUAUAGCACGUAUGAUGAUCUAAGGAGACAUUACAAUGACGAACAUUAUUUGUGCGAGGAAGGCGAUUGUAAACAUGAAAGAUUCACUUCCGUUUUUCGAUCUGAUAUCGAUCUUAAAGCGCAUUACGCAAACGUACACAGCAAAAAUCUGAGCAAAUCGGCAACCCGGCAAGCUAGAACCUUGGAAUUAGAGUUCACCUUAGCGCCUCGUCCGCGACCAGAUGGCGGCAGGGGACGACAAUAUGGUAACAAAUUCACUGAUAGAUCGCACGAGGAAGAAGGCGCCGUAGGUUACGACUCGUACUACCUGGAGCCGGGUGGAUCCGGCGGAGGUUUCAGUGAAUCGAGAACUUUCAACAAUCCCCUCGCCGCUGCGAAUUUCCCGUCGUUAAAUGGAGAUGCGACUAACGCAAAUUCCAAUGGUGGGCCGAACGUUACCAUUACUUCAAAACUUAAUCCGCUCAGUCAACAAAAUUUCCCCUCUUUAAGCGGCACUAACUCGGCUCCUCCCAGAACAUCUGCAGUUACAAUCACGAGCUACACAAAAUUUGGGCCAGGUGCAGUUCCAGCCAGAAAUUCCGCCAAUUACCCCGCACUGGGAGAAAGCUCGAGUUCGGCGAGUGGGACUAUUAAAGUGAACCUUAACAACAACAGCCAAGCGGCCAAGCCCAAAUCUUCGAAUGUGUCGAUAGUUGUAAAUCACAAGGGCGGCGGUGCAGUGACCACGAUUUUAAGUCAAAACUCGGUGCGCCCGCAUUCGGUGGCGGAAGCGUUUCCAGCGCUGAGCUCCGAACCGAUACCGCAAGCCCAGUGGGUUUCCCAGAAACCGAAAAGGCAAGAACCGAAAGCCAGUAAAGUGGCACCAGCCCCGGUACUGCCCGCAAAUACCUUAAACGACUUUCCCACUUUGAGUAAAGGUGGUGGCAAAAAGUCUUCUUCUGUCAAUAUUCCCGUGUCAAACUCCUGGGUCAAUUUGAAUAGUUUUAACAGCGAUUCAAAAACCAGCCAGAAACAACGACCCGAGAAGAACAACAACAAUAAUAAAACCGUGCCAAAAGCUGAAGAUAAGGUGGGAAAGCUAUUGAAGCAAAACGGCAGCAGCACAAAAACGCCCAAGUCAGAGGUGAGCACCUCAAAAUCCGAGGACGCAAAUUCGCAAGAGUCCAAAACCAAAAAGAAGAAAAAUAAGACGACCUCUCAGCCCGUCGAGGAGCCCCCUGUUCAAUCUAAAAGCGCUCGAGAAAAUGGAAUCCCGAAGAAGCGUUCGGAAUUAAAUAUCGCUUCAUUGGAGAUCAGCGAGCCUGCCACGUUUGAACAGUACAUCCACGAAUUCCCCUCGAUAAGAAAACCACCGCCCGGUUUCAGCGUGAAGCCGCCUCCGGGCUUCAGCAAAUUUAAUCUAUCCAACAACUCUAACGAUUUGACGUUCACCAACAGCAGCGGACAGUCGUACUCGAUCGUGCCGAGUCAACAGUUUUACCUACCUCCGAACUUUACGGCGCGCAACCAGGAUUUGAUCGAGAAAUUUCUGGCCGUGUCAAAGGAAGGUGCCGAGAUACAACAGUUUAAGGUGUAUUCGGAUAUGUUUCGCGUCGGCGAGAUCCCCGCCGACAAAUACUAUGUACAUUGUCAAAACUUUAUGGGUAGUGAAUUUAGCAAAAUUUUUCCCGAACUGUUGGUGCUUCUGCCGAAUGUACAAAAACAGCAGGAGCUUUAUAAAGUGCAUAAGGGUAACAACGCAAAGGGAAAAGGGUUAGAAGUAUGUGGUACAUGUCAACAGGUGGUCCUGAAACACGACCUACGGGACCAUUUGUCAAAUCAUACAUUGGAAAAUCACUUCAGUUCGUCGAGUCAAUCUGUUACGAGUAAUAAUGUUUGGAAUAAAAAUAAAAACUAAUAAAAGUAUAUUGUAUAUUUUUCUAUGAUGAAUUGAUUAUAGGAAAUAUUUAUGACUGUUUUUAUUAAUAAUUAUAUUUUAUAUGGCGACA